AUGGCUGCUUUAGCCGUCCCACUAACAACCCGCAGUACAACAGGCAACAUUGCAGCGGAAUCAUACAAGCUUGCAACUCUACAUUUCGGUUCCGAAUUGACGCAAGAUAAGCGGAAGGUCGAGUUCGCCGAACGAUCAACGACUUUGCAGGGCUUGGAAGAUGUUGUGAAGACUGCCCGCGAUAAUUACGCGUCCUCUCGUAACAAAAAGGCUGCGAAAUGGCUAGAACGGUUUUCCAGCCGCAUAAUUCAUUAUGGAAACAUCUUCGACGUAUUAUCGCAGCACCACCCGGAGUAUGUAGCUCUGGCUUGGGGCGCGAUGAAAUUUCUUUUCGUGGCCUCUCUGAACCAUGAAGGUGUCAUUGCAACCAUAGCAAAAGGUCUUGCUCGUAUAGCAGACACUCUUCCUCGCAUUGAACUGGCGACAAUCUUAUACCCAACCCCAAGGAUGACACAUGCCGUAGAGGGACUGUAUGCACAUAUCAUUCGGUUUUUGAUCCGCGCCCAUGAUUGGUACCGGGAGGGUACUUUGCGACAUAUCAUUCAUUCUGUUACACGUCCUGCCGAGUUACGUUACCAUGACGUUCUGGAAAAUAUCGAAGCUGGCUCACGAAAUAUCGAGCAGCUAGCCAUCGCUGGGUCUCAAGUAGAGCUGCGACAGAUGCACACGAUCUUGAAGUUGAUGUCUGACCGUGUAGAGAGGUCUGAAAGCACAAUCGUUGAGAUGAGAUGCAUGAUGAUCAAUCACCAAGCUAUCAAUUCAUCAUCACUUGUAGACACGAACCAGAAAGUAUCAGAUCUACAAUUCUCGGAAAUGGUGCGCAUUGCAGCUGAGCUUUCAUCAUUCGAUCCACUUGAGAGCUAUAACCAAGCCGUUAUCGUACGUAAUCUGCGCCAACGAAAUCAACGGGUCAAUGUUUCAAGCGCCUUUUGGCAAUCUCCGACUUUGAAGAAAUUCGCAGAAUGUCCAAAGUCAUCGCUCAUGCUGAUCAAGGGUACCUUUCAAGAGCGAGGGGCAUUGCGCGACGCCGCCGUCAGAGUCACUGAAGAGUUGAAGAACUUGAACAUCACAACGAUCUGGGCUGUAAGGGCACAAAUUUCUGAUCGAGCCACCGAUACUCCAAACCCACUGGACAUUCUGAAGUCGCUCGUAGCUCAAGCGCUUACAAUAAGCGGCUCGGCGCACUCUCAGAAGUCGACAGCGCUAAGCUGCACACGACUUCGCACCGCUGCCACAGCAAAGGAGUGGCUUGAGAUACUUGGAGCUGCACUCGCAGAAGUAUGCCGGGAAAUAUACAUGGUGCUCGAGUUGGAUAUGCUAAUAUCGUCCUUGUCUGCGCCAUCAUCAGCUGAUGAGAUCAUCGCGCUUUUCAACAAUCUGUUGGAAAAAUUGACAAAUCGUGGAAAGAAAUCUAUUGUCAAAGUGUUGAUCGUUACAAGUAGGCCAUGGAAACCUCUGCCACAAGCAACCAAUGUUUUUGUGGAAACAAUGCUAACGGGGCGUUUCCCACGCGCGAAGCCGCCGUCGAAAGAUCGAAGAAAGCAAGUAGGUACUUCUUCAUAUAGAACAGUACUGAGAAUAAUGAGAAGAUAA